AACAGAAGCAGGGUUUGGAAGGGACCUCCUACAAUGCUCACAGGGCAGCCACAAAACAACCACAUCCUCAGUGACACUCCAGCAAAUGACGACUUCCAAUAUGUCAGAUAUGUCAUUGUGCACUGAACUUGAUCACACAGUCUGUGACACAAAUGAAUGAAUUCAUUUUGCUUUAGAACUACUCGAACAAUGAUGCCAUGUGGCAUGGUUAGCCGAAUCUAUCAGAACCAAUAAGGCUUUCAGGUGCCAUUGAUGAUCUCAGUUAUUGAGCAGAACAGUCCAUUGUUGCCCUCAUGGCUGUGAAACAACCGCUAAUCAGCUCACUGGUGUUGUGUUACCUGAUUCAAUAUGUUGCAUGUUUCUGCAAUGUCACCUGCACCACAGACUACAAUACAUCCCUGAACUGUUCCUGCUCAGGCACAGUGCCCUCGUCUCCCAUUCUCCUUAAUGCAGAGUGCAGAGAUUCUGUUGACCAAGUGAAUGAUAGCUGUGAAAUAACACCCUCACAAAGCUGGUGUAUAAUACAACCAGAAGAUUUUUUCAUGUUAAUAUCCACUGACACUACUUGCACUGCAAGAGUAAAGCACACAGGAAAAGAAGACAAAAGGAAAACAGAUGACUCAACUGACUGGAAAUUGUAUAAAUUAGUGAAGCCGCAGCAUCCAGUCAAUGUACAAGUGACAGAGAACAUUGACAGCUACAACGUCACUUGGCAGAUGGAUAAAAACAUUUACCUUGAUAAAUGCCUCAUGUACAGGGUGCGGAUUACAACAAAUAAUAACUAUAUAAAGGAUCCAGUCUAUUACCCUGUAAGAGAGGACCAGUGGUACCUAGUGCUAAACAGCCUUCAACUGCAACCAGGAACUGAUUAUGUGGCGAAUGUCCAGGCCUCAGUGAACCCUGUGAGUUACUACCAAGGUCCCUGGAGUGAAUGGAGCUCCACCGUAGAAUGGAGGACUACAGAAGGGGAUGAUAAGUUAUGGUGGCAGUGGCCCGUUUUACUGACCAUUCUCCCCUGUUUGAUCCUGUGCUGCCUGUGCUACCUCUUUAAAAUAUUGUGGCCGAAGAGGCUACACUUGAUGAACUAUUCCCCAAGCCCAGAGGACUUUUUCAAGCCUCUCUACCACACAUAUGGAGGGGAUUUUAAGAAAUGGGUUGGACCUGUCUUCGUCUUCAGUGAGCUGGAUCCCUUGGAGAAAAACCCACCUACACAGAUGAUGACUGAGAAGCAGCUAGACAUCCUCGGGCUGUCCAUGCUGAGUGUGGAGGAAGAUGGCAGCAGUGGGGACCAGGGCACCUGUCACUCCGCUGGACACGUCUCCAUUGAUACUGUGAUGGUGUCUGGGGAGGAAGGAGCUUUGUCAGGGAGUUCUUGGGUGACAUACAAGUGCAGCCAAGGUGGGGAAAGCUUCUCCCAAUAUACUGGAGGCAGCAGAGGAGGUAUGGACACUGAGGUGGAGGGCCCUCUUGGUGCUGGGGCAGAAGAGGAAGGAGGGUUAUCUGGGCAGAGUAGAAGACGGGCAUCAACGGGCCUGCCUGCUAUGAAGUGGCAGCUCCAGCUACAGGCCCGCAACUAUCAACCAGAGCAGAUUUCAUUGGACUCAGAGGACGGCUACCCUCCCUUGGUGCUGGAUCUGGACAGUGUGGACACCAUUGACAGUGGAGUCUUUGUUGAGUCUGACUGUAGCAGCCCUGUGAACUCUAACUUUGAGUCUGAGGAGCAGAUAGACUCUGGUUUACUGAGUGGGGUAGGCAGUUCCCCUUCUGAAUAUGUUAAACAGUGGGUGAGGGGUAACACUAUGCAAGAGGACUCAACCAAUUCAGGACAGAACAGGACGAUGUGAGUUUUCCGUCACCACCUCUGCCACUGACAGUGCUCCAGCAUAUUUGUAAAAUUCCUUACUUUCUCUGGCAUAGGUAUAUUGUUCAUAUUGCCAUCAUGUUUUAUUUUUUUUAAGUGGAGUAGGAAUGAUUUCUUCCCAACAUAAAAAUGGUUUAUCGUCGUAAUACAAUAAUAUUGUUUCUUAUGUUUGUGACAAUGGAUCCAAUUGAGGAGUUUGCAUUCAUGUUCAAUCGCUUGUUAAUUCUUUAAAGGGACAAUCCGCAGUUGCUAACUAGUUACUUAAAUAUAUAAACUCAUUUAUUCUUGAAGAAUAUAACUUUUAAAUGCCCCAUGAGCUUAGUUCAACUGUCGUACCCAAUCAGAAACCAAAAUAUAAGCUUGUUUUACUCAAAUGUUUGCAAGCAUUGUAAGUGGAAACAAAAACUGUAUAGCCUCCAAAUAUGCUUAAAGUUUUGAUAGAUUGGUCAUUCCUUGCAUCAAUAGCGCUGCCUAUGAAUUUAUGAGUGGUUACAUUUCUCCAGGCCCAUCCCUCAGCUUUUUACCAAGACAGAGACUGGUGGCUUUGUUAUUGUCUCAACUAAUGAUUGCCCAUAUUUAAAGUACCAUUUUUUUCCUAAUAUGCAUGAUGAAGUCCCACAGUGGUCAAAACAAUCUUAUUAAGUAAUGGGAGCGUUCCAACAUUCAGAUAUUAGUCUCCUUUUUCUGUACGAUACAAAAAUGCAUCAGAACACAGAUUUAGGUCUGCUUUAAUGCAGUUCUGUCAUUGUAUGCAAAUUAAAUAGACCAUUUAUCUUUACAAUUUUCAUUUGCUGAUAAGAAAUUAUAGCUAUGUGGGGUAGUAAACGAAAGCUUGGCAGCGGUAGGCUACAUCUGAUAAAUUGACUCGCCACUAGGUAUCGAAUUCUAUAAUCUAGAUAUUGCCAUUGCACUGUUAUCACAAUCAGUUAAACCACUGUCUAGUUUCCAUAAACAAUCUUUGAGAAGGGUGAAACAGAUUGAUUUGACUGCACUGAAGAGUAUGAUAAAAUAUAUUUUUAUACGAAUUUCAGGAAUAUUAUAAUAAACUAUAACUAAGUUCAUCCUAUUCCUAGAUGCUUGAGUAUGUGUCACACCUUGACCUUAGUAUUCUUUGUUUUCUUUAUUAUUUUGGUUAGGUCAGGGUGUGACAUGGGGGAUGUAUGUGUUUUUUGGCCCCGUCUAGGGGUUUUGUAUGUCUAUGGGUGUUUACUAUU